GCGAAUAAGUUCGCUAAAUCUCUUAUAGAGCCACCAUGAAUCAUGGAAGCUGUCCUACUCCUACGUACUUAUUUUAUAUUUACUAAAAAUGGCGCUUGUGGCGGAUAACGUGAUUGCGUCGCAAAUGAUAAAUACGUGUUAAUCAAAUAGAUGAUUGAAUAACGUGGACAUCGGGCAAUGUAAUAUCCCGAUGUAAAGAUAAAAAAAACAGGUGUCACAUCUCGUAAUUGAACGUUUUUGUCGCUAAGUGAAAACUAUAUAUAUUUUAAAAAAUGACGCACUCGCUAGUGCUGGACUUCGUUCAGCGACUAAAAUCGCGGCACGAAGAAGUUAGGAUUAAGGCUGCACAUGAUUUAUGCCUUUACGUCAGAACAGAGCUACGUGAAGUCUCCCAGGAGGAGUUGACAAACUUUAUGGACGAAUUUAACCACCAUAUAAAGGAAAUGGUCUCUGGUUCUGAUAUGAAUGAGAAGAAGGGAGGUAUACUAGCCAUAGUUUGUCUAAUCGGUGCCGAUGUGGGUAACAUAAACACUCGAACUAUAAGAUUUGCAAAUUACCUAAGAAAUCUAUUGCCGUCGAACGAUGUGGGAGUUAUGGAAUUGGCUGCGAAAACUGUUGGGAAACUGGCACUUGUUUCUGGCACCUACACAGCAGAGUAUGUCGAAUUUGAAGUAAAACGUGCUUUUGAGUGGCUUGGAGGAGACAGGCAUGAGGGGAAACGGCAUGCAGCAGUCCUGGUACUGAGAGAAUUAGCCGUCUCAAUGCCGACAUAUUUCUUUCAACAAGUAUCCCCGUUUUUUGAUCUUAUUUUCAAUGCGAUACGUGAUCCUAAACCGCUGAUACGAGAAGCUGCCACUGAAGCUCUCCGAGCUGCCCUAGUCGUCACUGCUCAAAGGGAAACUACGAAGCAAAUGCAUAAACCUCAAUGGUACAAAGAAUGCUUUCACGAAGUUGUACAAUGCUUCAAUGAUGCUGAUGUUAAAGGGCGAGGGUCCAACAAGGAUGCCGCUAUUCACGGAUCUUUAUUAGUAUUGAACGAGUUAUUGAGGUGCAGCAACGCUCAGUGGGAAAGAAACUAUGAGGCAUUGAUGGAGAGUCUUAAUUGCUCUACUCAACAGAUGGAUGAUGAUAUUCUAUCUCUCAUGCCUCGUCUCAAAACUCCAAUUGUACCAAACUGGACAGGCUCAGUUCAAAGUCGAUCCAAUACUCAGCAGACAAUUCAUCCGGUCCAUGAAUCUACCGCUUGUCGCAGUCUAUUGCAGGAGGGUUUGGAUAAUGUUUACGGAGAUGUUAUGAACCAAAAACUAUCAAGAAAUCCUCACAUACAACACGCGCUGAUGACAUUAUUACCCAGGCUGGUUGCUUUCAAUAAAGAAAAAUUCGACAAGCAGCACUUGGCACAAAGUAUAUCGUAUCUUUUGAUUGCGUUGAGAAGCCGUGAAAAAGAUAGACAUGUAGCAUUUACAACUAUUGGAUUAAUUGCUGUUGCAGUUGAGAAUGGCAUAGAACCUUAUCUUCUCGAAAUCAUGGAAGUGAUUAAAGCUUCUUUACCUUCGAAAGAAACGCCGAACAAGAAACGAGGUACCACACUUGAACCGGCUGUUUUUAUCUGCAUCACAUUGCUAGGGCAUGCUGUUAGACAAACUAUAGGUCCAGAUAUAAAGGUUCUUUUAGAGCCGAUGCUUGCCACUGGUCUUAGUCCAAUUCUUACAACAUCGUUGCGCGAAUUAGCUCAUAGUAUACCAUCCUUGAAGCCAGAUAUUUCUCAAGGACUACUGAGAAUGCUGUCACAAGUCCUGAUGCAUAAGCCACUGCGACAUCCUGGUGCUCCCUGGUCAGCUACAAGUCCAAUUUCAGCUCCAACUGUAGAAGCUGACGUUCCUUCGACAGUACUUGCCCUGAGAACACUUGGUACAUUUAAUUUUGAUGGCAAUCCCCUACUCCAGUUUGUUCGAAGAUGUGCUGACCAUUUCUUGACGUCUGAACAGUCUCAAGUUCGUUUGGAAGCUGUAAGAACAUGUUCCAAGCUUUUGAGGCUAGCACUAAAUCAACCAGGGCCAACGGUUACCAAUACAGUUUCUGCAGUGCUGGGAAAAUUACUGGUCGUCGGAAUCACAGACACUGAUCCAGAUGUGCGAUUAUGUGUCCUUGCGUCGCUUGAUAAAAGUUUUGACAUUCAUCUCGCUCAGGCAGAAAGUUUGUCAGCCUUAUUCGUUGCGAUGAAUGAUGAAAUUUUCGAAAUCAGAGAACUCGCCAUUUAUACAAUUGGGAGAUUAAGUACUAUGAAUCCAGCCUACGUUAUGCCUUCGCUUCGGAAAACGCUCAUCCAAUUUUUAACAGAGCUGGAACAUUCUGGUAUGGGACGUAACAAAGAACAGGCUGCACGAAUGCUUGAUUAUUUAGUAAUUAGUGCUCCACGACUUAUACGACCUUACAUGGAACCUAUUCUAAAAGUUCUCAUUCCGAAGCUAAAAGAGCCUGAGCCUAAUCCCGGUGUUGUCUUGGCUGUACUUAAAGCGAUUGGUGAUUUAGCAAGUGUUAAUGGUGCGGAAAUGCAACAGUGGAUGCCAGAAUUAUUGUCGAUACUACUGGAAAUGUUGGUCGAUGCCAGUUCUCCAGACAAAAGAGGUGUUGCCUUGUGGGUUCUCGGUCAGCUGGUUGGAAGUACAGGACAUGUAGUCAAGCCAUACACACAAUAUCCUUUUUUACUCGAUGUGUUAAUUAAUUUUCUAAAAACUGAGCAGUCACCAGUUACCAGGAGAGAAACAAUCAGAGUACUCGGACUUCUAGGUGCCUUGGAUCCUUACAAGCAUAAAAUGAACCUUGGUCAAAUAGAUUCCCAGUUUGAUUCACUAACGUCUAUGGCUGAUAUUAGGUGUAAAAGUGAUUCUGAAACAAGCCAAGAUCAGUCGACUAGCGAGAUGCUUGUAAAUAUGUCGACUUCAACUCUGGAGGAGUAUUAUCCAGCGAUUGCGAUUGCUACUCUCAUGCGCAUCAUUCGGGAGCCCACCUUAUCUCAGCAUCAUACCAUGGUUGUGCAAGCAGUAACAUUCAUUUUUAAAAGUCUUGGUAUAAAAUGCGUACCAUAUAUUUCGCAAGUUAUGCCUAGCUUUUUGAACGUUGUUCGAACUGCUGAUGUUGGAUUUCGAGAAUACCUGUUUCAACAGUUGGCUGUCCUUAUUGCGAUUGUUAAACAACACAUUCGGAAUUAUUUGGAUGACAUUUUUGCUUUGAUCAAGGAAGUGUGGACUGUAAAUAGUCCCUUACAAAGUACGCUUAUUCUUCUUGUUGAACACAUCGCUGUUGCUUUGGGUGCUGAAUUCAAGAUUUAUUUACCACAACUGAUGCCGCAAAUCUUGAGAGUACUGACACAUGAUACCAGUAAGGAUCGUGCAGUGACUGUCAAGUUGCUUCUCGCUUUGCAGAAAUUUGGAAACAAUCUUGAUAAUUAUCUGCAUUUGGUACUUCCACCAAUAGUGAAACUAUUUCAUGCUACAGAUUGCCCAAUUUCGGUUAAUAGAGUUGCUUUGGAAACUGUGGACGACCUUGCUGAAACGUUGGAUUUCACUGAUUUUGCUUCAAGGAUAGUGCAUCCACUGGUAAGAACAUUGGACACAUGCCCAGAACUAAGGAUGCCGGCAAUGGAAACUCUCUGCGCACUUUUAAUUCAACUUAGAAAAAAGUAUCAAAUAUUUAUACCAUUGGUUCAGAAGGUAAUGACUAAACACAAAAUCACUCAUCAACGCUACGACGUACUCACGGAUAAAAUUCAGAGCGACUCUACCGUAGCUGACGGCGAAGACUAUUUACUUACACGUCCUCGAGACUCAAGGCGCCAACAACGUGAUUUAUCUUUGACAUCUUCUGAUACUACAACCAUCAAGCGUCUUCAUGUGUCAGCACCCAAUCUCCAGAAAGCUUGGACAGCCACGCGCAGAGUCUCCAAAGAUGAUUGGCUAGAAUGGCUCCGAAGUUUGUCUAUCGGAUUGCUCAAAGAAUCACCUUCACCGGCAUUAAGGUCAUGCUGGGCGCUUGCUCAAACUUAUUCACAGCUGCCAAGAGACUUAUUCAAUGCAGCUUUUGUGUCGUGUUGGACUGAACUCAACGGCACAUAUCAAACGGAGUUAAAAGAGACUUUGCAGCAGGCACUCAUGGUGCCCGAUCUACCAGAAAUAACGCAGACUAUUCUGAAUUUGGCUGAAUUUAUGGAACAUUGUGACAAAGGACCUUUACCAUUAGAUGCCAAGUUACUGGGUGAACGAGCGAUGCAUUGCCGAGCUUAUGCUAAGGCAUUGCAUUACAAAGAAGAUGAAUUCCACAAAGGCAGAAACAGCAACGUUUUCGAGUCACUCAUUUCUAUCAAUAAUAAACUCCAGCAAAAGGAGGUUGCUGAAGGAUUAUUGGAGUAUGUUAUGAAACAGCAGAAUCAGCAAGAUCUCAAAGUUCAAGUACGUUGGUAUGAGAAGUUACACAAUUGGGAUAAGGCAUUAGAUUUAUAUAAAGAUCGAUUAAACAUUGAUCCAACUGAUGUAGAAUCAACUUUAGGGGAGAUGCGAUGCUUGGAAGCACUUGGCGAGUGGGGACAGCUUCAUGAUGUUGCCACCCGUCAAUGGGCGAAUGAAAAUGACGAAAAUAAACAAAGAAUGUCUCGAAUGGCGGCAGCUGCUGCAUGGGGACUUGGGCAAUGGGAAAGUAUGGAAAAAUAUGUCAACUUCAUUCCUAAAGACACCCAAGACGGUGCUUUUUAUAGAGCAGUAUUGGCUAUACAUGAUGAACAGUAUGACGUGGCCCAUGAGUUGAUAGACAGUGCAAGAGAUUUAUUAGACACAGAACUGACUGCGAUGGCUGGAGAGAGUUACCAGAGAGCUUAUAACGCCAUGGUGGAAGUUCAGAAGUUAGCUGAAUUAGAAGAAGUAAUACAGUUCAAGUUAAUUCCUGAGCGGAGAGCAACAAUAAAAUCGAUGUGGUGGGAAAGAUUGCAAGGUGGACAACGUGUUGUUGAAGAUUGGCAAAAAAUUAUUCAAGUCCACACACUGGUCGUUUCUCCACAGGAUGACAUGUACACAUGGCUGAAAUAUGCUAGCCUUUGCAGAAAAAAUGGCAGCCCUAUGUUAUGUCAUAAGACAUUAGUUAUGCUGCUUGGAAUGGAUCCAUCUCAGAAUCCUGAUCAACCAUUGCCAACAACGCAUCCGCAAGUCACAUUUGCUUAUUGUAAACACAUGUGGAUGGCAAAUAAUCGAGAAGCGGCUUAUAGUCAAUUGCAAAGAUUUGUACAAACAUCAUUACAGCCAGCAACAAUAACCGGGUUAAAUCAAGAAGAUGAGAAACAGCAAGAAGCCAGGAAGAGAUUACUCGCUCGGUGUUAUUUAAAACUUGGAGAGUGGUUGGAGGCUUUGCAAGGAAUAAGCGAGCAUUCUAUACCAGCUGUCUUAUCUUACUAUGCAGCAGCAACAAAACAUGAUCCUUCAUGGUAUAAAGCUUGGCAUGCUUUUGCUUACACAAAUUUUGAAACUGUUUUGUUUUACAAACAUCAACAAGGUGAUACUAACCUUGAUAACGUACCUGGUAACGCAUCGAGGUCUGCAUUAUCCAGUUCUCAAUACAUCUCUCAGUUCACUGUUCCAGCAGUCGAGGGUUUCUUUAGAUCUAUUAAUUUGUCACAUGGCAGUUCUCUGCAAGAUACGUUACGAUUGCUAACACUAUGGUUUGAUUAUGGACAAUGGCCUGAAGUGUAUGAAGCUAUUGUCGAAGGAAUAAGAUUAAUUGAAAUCAAUACUUGGUUGCAAGUAAUUCCUCAGCUUAUUGCGAGAAUAGACACUCCUAGAGCUCUAGUUGGCAGAUUAAUUCAUCACCUGUUGAUAGAUAUUGGUAAAUCUCACCCACAGGCUUUAGUUUAUCCAUUGACCGUGGCUUCAAAAAGUGCGAGUUCUGCUCGUAAAGCUGCCGCUAAUAAGAUAUUAAAAAAUAUGUGCGAACACAGUCCAACGCUGGUGCAACAAGCUGUAUUAGCUAGUGACGAAUUGAUCAGAGUUGCAAUACUGUGGCAUGAAUUGUGGCACGAAGGCUUGGAAGAAGCCAGUAGAUUAUACUUCGGAGAACGAAAUGUUAAGGGAAUGUUUGAAACCUUGGAGCCUCUUCAUGCGAUGUUAGAACGAGGACCGCAAACCUUGAAGGAAACAUCGUUCAAUCAAACUUACGGAAGAGAUUUGAUGGAAGCAAAAGAAUGGUGCCACAGGUAUAAAAUGUCUGGAAAUGUGAAGGACUUGAACCAAGCUUGGGAUUUGUAUUAUCACGUGUUCAGAAAAAUAUCAAGACAAUUACCGCAACUGACAAGUUUAGAAUUACAGUAUGUUAGUCCAAAAUUAUUGGUUUGCCGAGAUUUGGAACUAGCUGUACCUGGUAGUUACAAUCCUGGACAUCCAGUUAUCAAGAUUGCCAGUAUCCACAGUUCGAUGCAAGUUAUUACUAGUAAGCAACGCCCUCGGAAACUUUGCAUCAAGGGAAGCAACGGUAAAGAUUAUAUGUUCCUAUUAAAAGGUCAUGAAGACCUUAGACAAGACGAGCGUGUUAUGCAGUUGUUUGGUCUAGUCAAUACGCUUUUAUUGCAUGAUCCUGACACAUUCAGACGAAACCUCACAAUUCAAAGAUAUGCUGUAAUUCCUCUAUCAACAAAUAGUGGACUUAUUGGCUGGGUCCCUCACUGCGAUACAUUGCAUACGCUGAUACGAGAUUAUAGAGAGAAAAAAAAGAUACUACUGAAUAUUGAACACAGAAUAAUGUUGAGGAUGGCACCGGACUAUGAUCAUCUUAUGCUGAUGCAAAAGGUUGAAGUAUUUGAACAUGCUUUAGAACACACGCAUGGAGAUGACUUGUCUCGACUUCUGUGGCUCAAAUCACCUUCCAGUGAAGUGUGGUUUGAUCGUAGAACAAAUUACACUCGUUCCCUUGCUGUCAUGUCAAUGGUUGGUUACAUACUCGGACUCGGAGAUCGGCAUCCCUCUAACCUGAUGUUGGAUCGUCUCAGUGGAAAAAUUCUCCACAUCGAUUUUGGAGAUUGUUUCGAAGUUGCUAUGACACGUGAAAAGUUCCCGGAGAAAAUUCCCUUCAGGUUAACAAGAAUGCUGAUCAAUGCUAUGGAGGUGACAGGGAUCGAAGGAACAUAUAGACGGACGAGCGAAUCGGUCAUGUCAGUGUUACAUCGCAAUAAAGACAGCCUGAUGGCUGUGCUUGAGGCGUUUGUUUACGAUCCACUGUUAAACUGGAGAUUAAUGGACAAUGCACUUCCAAAAACUACAAGAUCAGAUGCCCCGGGUAUUGCUGCUAGUAGUAGCCAGGAACAUGGAGACAUGCUAGAUUCUCACAGUGCUAUUUUGCCAAAGAAAGGAGUUCCUUGCAGUCUUGAAAAUGGAGGAGAUAAAAAUCAGCCAGAGGCCCUGAACAAGAAAGCACUUGCAAUAAUAAACCGAGUGAGAGACAAAUUAACAGGACGUGAUUUUUCGCAUGAUGAGACGCUUAAUGUUCAGCAACAAGUCGAUUUGCUGAUUCAACAAGCUACAAAUAACGAAAAUCUCUGCCAAUGCUACAUUGGAUGGUGCCCAUUCUGGUGAAAAUCGGAUUACAUGAAGUCAAUCGUGACAAGAUUUUAUGAGUUUAUCUUCUCAUCAUUGCUUGGUAAGGGUUUGAUGAGCUUCAAGGACCCUUCUUCAGACAUUAUAAGUGAGAAGUUUGAGCUUCGUUUGCCGGUGUUGUAAUAUUGCCCAAGUUGAAUUAAAUUAGCAACUGCCAAUUCAACUGU